AUGCCGGAUUCCUCGACUGGCCAUUUAGUCCGCAGCGGGAACUUUUCUCACCUGAACGACACAAUCGUCCUUCGGCUCGGCUCCGACACCCUCCCGCAUCAGCCCCUCACCAUCGACGCAACGGCCGUGCCGCCCGUCCUCUCGACCACCGUCCCCUCUACCGUCCACAAAUCAAUAACCAUCCUGCCAGAGUACGUCCUUGACGCAAUCGAGGGCCGCUUGCACUGCCAACACGCCUUCGGGAAGCGAGCCACGCCGCCCACCCUUGGCGCCAUACCCUCCUGUUUCGCACCCGCCGGCGUUCCGGGGCUCUGCAUGACCGUUGACCGCGAGACGCUGCUGCCUCAGCCGACGGAAGAUGUGGCGCAGCUGAAGCGCGAUCUGACGAAAUGGGGUUAUGCCAUCUGUGCGAAUGCGCUAAGCGCCGAGCAGGUGCAGAUUAUUCGGACGGCGGUAGAGGAGCAGGCUGAGGCGGAAAGGUUGGUCGGGGUCGGGCAUUUGGAUAACGCGCAUAAGAAGGCGGGUGAUCAGCCGAAUCAAAGGGUUUGGAACCUCCCCAACAAAGGCGACGAGUUCCUCGACUUGCUCAACCACCCCCUCAUCGACGCAAUCAUGCCGUGGUUCUUGGGCGGCAACUUCAGCCUUUUCACCAUGUCGGCCAAUAUCGCGCAGCCCGGCACGUCGGGCAUAUACAUGCACCGCGACCAGAUGGUCAUGACGCCCGACACAACCGCGCAUGCCUAUGUGCUCAACGCCAUGUGGUAUCUGACUCAUGUUUCCGAUGAGAAGGGUGCCACGCGGGUGUAUCCAGGAAGUCAUGUGAUGAAUGUUUUGCCGGCUGAUAUGAAUCAAAUCGGCACAUCAAUUCCCGUCGCAGCACCAGCAGGCUCCUGCGUGCUCCUCGACAGCAGAACCUGGCACUCGACGGGAGUCAAUACGACCAACGAGGCGCGGCCGGUUAUCCUGCAGUCGUUUUGCAGGUUCUUCGUGCGGCAAAUUGAGAAUUACCAGGCCAAUCUAGGUGAGGAGGUCAAGGCCAAGUUGUCGGAGCGCCAGAGGGCGCUGCUGGGUCUGCCGAGUGCGAAGGUCGGUGGCAAGGGACAGGGCUUUGCGGCUUAUAACUGGCCGGGCACGCAAGUUGGAAAAAUGAGGGCCGCUGUCAGGAAGGAAUAG